UUUAUAUCAUGUGCUAGAAGAGUAUAGGGAUUGUUGGAUAUUCAAAUCAAGAUUAGAGUACCUACCUUAUCUCCCCAUAAAUAAAUAAGUUACUUUUCACUUCUAUUUGACAAUGUAAAUUUAGUAACUAUAUGACGAAUAGAUAUGGAUGUAUUAUUUUAUUUUUUAUUUUUAAAAUGUUUUAUAAUAUAUGUAUUUGGUCAAAGUAAUUCAUCUGAAUGUGAAAGUGCCUCUACGGAAAUUCAAAAAAUUUGUUUGGAUCAAGAAAGGUGUGAUACAUGUUUACAAGCUCAUGUUUGCUGCAGUUGGUGUUAUGAUGAGACUUACGCAGGUAGAAGAUGCAAUGUUCAAAACCAGUUGACAGGGUGUAAGAAAGAAAAAAUAGAAUCAUCGUUGAAAAUGGGAGUCGACGUGGAAUGCGAAAAAUGCGAAAAUUAUGAUUUUACUAUUAUAAAUCCAAAUACAAAUUUGACCAAGAUUAUACAAAUGAAGCCUCAACACAUGAAAGUUACAUUAAGAAAAGGUGUUCCUCUAAAUAUUAGUUUUGAGUAUAAACCAGCUGAAAACUAUCUUCUAGAACUCUAUUAUCUCGGUGAUCUCAGUAUUUCGAUGAGUAGUACUAUUAAAGCAUUCAAAUCGCUUGGGAAAGAUCUUCCGCAAAAAUUAUCGAACUUGACGAAGAAUUACAAACUCGCUUACGGCUCGUUUGUAGACAAACCCGGCAUGCCAUUCUAUUUUACAGAUCCGGAUUCGUAUGACAAUCCCUGUCAUCACGAAUUUUCACAGUGCGAAAAAGGAUACUCGUUUAAACACCGGUUGGACUUUACUAAAAAUACCACCAACUUUUUAGAAAAGCGAGAUGACAUCAUCUCACGGUUAAUUUUGGUGCAAGUGAGUUGUUAUUUCUGCAUUUCAUUAACUCUUCAAAAAUAUAUAUCUGCAUAUUUUGCAAUUUUUUUAGGUUAUUUUAGCUUCGUCGAACAAGUUAGUUUCAGUAUUAACCAAACGUCCUCCGAAAACUAUGAUAACCAAGAAAACUACGAUAUUAAAUUUUUCGCUGAUUGCGAAAACAAUAAUAAAGAAAACGAAACUUCAACUUGUUACCAUGUAAAAAAUGAAACUAUUCGUUUUAAAGUACAGAUCACUCUUAAAAAUAUUCCUUUGGGAAAACAUAAAGACACAUUAUUAAUUGAAGAGAAGAACCUUAAUGAAAGAAUAACGCUAUCAGUAGAAUAUUCAGAAAUGUGCCUAUGUGAAAAUUAUUCUAAAUCGAAUAUUACAUGCAAUAAUGGUAUACUAAUGUGUGGCUUUUGUCAGUGUGAGGACGGAUGUGGAAUAUGCAAAUGCGGAAAAUGUAUUUGUGAAGCAUCCUUUACUGGAAACUACUGUGAAUACGAAUGCCCUUCAAAAAGAAGAAGAAGAGAAAUAAUUGUAUGCGGAGGUCCUCAAAAAGGUAAAUGUCAUGAAGGAAAAUGUUCAUGUGAAGCUGGGUACAAAGGUGAGGACUGUUCUUGUUCCAUAUCCCAACAUGAUUGUACGUUUGAUGGAAGCACCAUCUGUAGUGGUAAAGGAGAAUGUAUUUGCAACGAAUGUAAAUGUAACGCCAAUUUUACGGGAAAGUACUGCGAAACUAGUAACUAUGACGGAAACAAUACAAUUUGCGAAGAUUUCGAAUCAAUAAUAAAAGAUGCAUUUCAGGAAAAGGGAAAGAAAGAGAUCUUGAAAAAUAAUCGUUUAAUUAAAAUAAUCGAUAAGUUUACUUGCGGCGACGAUGACAAAAUUUGCACAACCGCCAUUUUCGAAGGCAACAGUAGGUGUAUCUUUGAAUAUUGUUACUAUCAAGCAGAAGAUAACGAUAACAUUAGCUUGCCAGCUAGAAAAAUCUGCACGAUGACAGCUGGUAUCAAAACUAUGUUUCUGGGCGGUGCUAUAUUGGCUGCAAUUUUAAUAGGCGGUGUGAUUGGUAUAAUUUGUUGGAAAAUUAAGAAUUACAAACAGGAAAGAGAUGAGUAUCGACGAUUUAUGGCAGAGACGAAGAAUGCGGCCGAAAUGAAUCCAAUUUACAGAAGUCCUGUUAGUGAGUACAGGAAUCCUUUACGAACCAAAUCUGAUUAA